AGGGCGGGAAAGAGACGGCCGCUCCUCGCCAGCUUCCCUCGCCUCGCCGGCCUCGCGCUCGGAAAGUUGACGGCGGCGCCUCCGGUCCGUCCCUGGCGGCUCUCUCCCCGGGGCCCUGCCCGCCAUGAAGCCGUGGCUCCUGCUCAGCCUCUUGCUGCUGCACCAGGCGCUGCAAAAUGCUAUUGGUCAGUCUGCAAAGAACAAGCAUCCAAAGGAACCAGGAGAGAACAAGAUUAAACCUGCUAACAAAAAAGUAAAACCAAAAAUCCCCAAAUUAAAGGAGAGAGAAUCCACAGACUCAUCCCCCAAAAUCUACUCCAUAAUGACGCAAGUGAUGGAUAAGGGCCGUUUUCAGAAACCUGCUGCCACUCUAAGCCUUGCUGCAGGACAGAGUUUAGAACUGCGAUGUAAAGGGAAUAAAAUUGGGUGGAGCUAUCCCUCUUACCAUGAUACUUUUAAAGACUCCCGACUCAGUAUCAAGCAGCAUGACAGAUACAGUCAGCUGAUCUUGGCAAAUUCUACUGCAGCAGACACUGGUGAAUACAGCUGCUGGCUACUUCUGUGCAGUGGUUACAAUUGCAAGAAGGAUGAAUCGAGAACAGGCUCAACAUACAUCUUUUUCGCAGAUAAAGGGGAGCUCUUUGUUCCUUCUCCCAGCUAUUUUGAGGUGGUGUAUCUUAACCCAGAUAAACCUGCAGUGAUCCCUUGCCGAGUGACCAACCCAUCUACAAAAGUAACUUUACACCAGGAGUUUCCAGCAGAAGAAAUCAAAGUGGAUGGAACAGACAUCAUCUAUGACAUAAAGAAGGGCUUUGUCUAUCAGCACCCGAUGUCUGAACACAAAGGAGUGGUUUACUGCAGAGCCGAAUCAAGGGGUGCACAUCAGAUUUCCAUUAAAUACCAACUGCUUUAUGUGGAAGUCCCCAGUGGCCCACCUUCAACGACAAUCAAGGCAUCAUCUAAUACUGUGAGCGGUGGAGACGAUGUUAGCAUUCUGUGCACAGUUUUGGGAGAGCCAGAUGUAGAAGUGGAAUUUAACUGGAUAUAUCCAGGACAAGAGUAUGAAAGGCCUGUGAUUAUCCAAGACACUUGGAGGCUGAUUGACAGAGGAAUUGGUCACACCACAAGAAUCUCGGAGAGUGUUAUUAGUGUAGAAGAUUUUGAAACCAUCGAUGCUGGAAACUAUAUUUGUAUAGCCCAGAACCUUCGCGGACAGACCACAGUAGCGACGCACGUUGAACUGAUCUGAUAUACUGAGUCUGAAAUAGAGCCAGAACAGGAAAAGUAAUGCUAGACUGUUUCUGGCUGGUUUUAACACAUUGAACUGGAAGCAAAGUUUGUUCCUACUCUAUACAUUCCAUUCCUUUUGCAUAGCACUAGAGUUCCAAGCCUGUAGUUAAUAAGUUACUUUUGACCAGGGCUCAUUUCAAGGGGGAACGCACAGGAACGCAGUUCCAGCAGUUCCCCAAAGAGAUCACAUGUCAGGUGGCCCCGCCCACCUGACUCUCAGCCAUUUUGGGCCCGUUUCUGCCUGGAUUGGGGCCAAAAUGGCCUGGAUCAGGCCUCUGACGGGUAGUGGAUCACUCUCCCGCUCAUCAGCAGCCCAAUCCUGACCAUUUGGGGCCCCUUUUCAGCCAUUUUCAGCCCCUUUGCCAUUUUGGGCCCAAUUUCGGCCCUGAAUGGCCAGGAUUGGGUCCAAAACAGCCAGAAAAGGUGAUGUCGGGGGUGUGGCAUAUGCAAAUCAGUUAUACUAAUGACACACUUCCGGUGACGGCAAGAGGUGUGACAUAUGCUAAUGAGUUAUGCUAAUGAGUUCCUCCAGCUCUUUUUCUACAAAAUGACCCCUGCUUUUGACAGCUAGUGCAGUGCAAUGGCUGAGCUGUGAGCCAACUCACCUCUACUAUGAACUCAUCUAGGGUGGCCUUAUGGAAGCCAUUCUCUCAGCCACAGUCUCUGUUGUAUUCCUUCCUGGAAGUAAAUACUGACCUACAUUAUAGGGUUUGAUGUGAAGAUUCUUGAUGUAGUGUCUAUGAUGUGUUUUGAGCACUCCAAACUGCUUUAUAAAUACUAUUUUAGGAGAAAAAAAAUCAAAUGAUGUAUUGCUGAUGGUAUUGGUUGAUGCAACUAAAUGGUAGCAUUAGCAGAAAAAUGCUUGUUUCUUAUUAUGCUGAAUGCAAAGGAAGAGGGUAUAAAAUCACACUUGUAUGCUCAUGUUCCUCUACCAGGGAUCUCUUUCAGAGAUACAGAAGUCUAUAAUUGUUUUUCCAACAGCAUUAUUCAUCCAGAUAAAAUGCUUUUAUACUUACUGUUGAAAACACAGCAUGUGUGUUUUAGUGUCUUCAUAAGUAUACUAGGGUUUUUUUUAAAGUUACACAUUGAAUAAAAUAUUUUGCAGGCUUU